GACCUGCAGCACAUCUCCACCAGAGACCCAAGCAAGAGAGGCCAACUAGUAGACCAGAUAAGGCAUGCUUGCAUCAACGUCGGGUUCUUCUAUGGCGAGUUCUCAUCAAUAUUACUUUCAGUGAAGAAUCACGGUAUACCGGAAGAGACAAUCCAAGAGGCUCUUUCGGCGACGAAACGCUUCUUUUCCUUACCUCUCGAGACAAAGAUGAAGGUAGACAUGCGUGCGACGCCCAAUUUCAAGGGAUACAAUCCUCUCUUUUCUAGCAACAAUGACCCGAAUGGUGCGAAGGACAUGCACGAAGGAUUUGAGUUCGGUUGGGAAGAGCUGAACCCGAAGGAGCUUGACGAGAAACGCGCCAACGACGGCGUUAUGGCCGGAAAUAACGUCUGGCCGCGAAAAGACGAUGCCCCGCACUUCAGAGAAGCCGUCUUAACGUACUACCACGAGGCUGUGAAAUUAGGGAAGUCGCUCUUCCCGCUGUUUGCACAAGCACUCAAUUUACCGGAGAAUUUCUUCGACGACAAGACCAAGAAUUCGGCGGCGCUCAUGCGGGUGCUGCAUUAUCCCCCGCAGACUCCAAACAUUGACGAUAAAGUGCUGGGGAUUGGUGCCCAUACCGACUGGGAGUGCUUCACACUCCUCUACCAACAGACAGAUCCGCCUAUUCAAUCCUUGCAGGUUCUCAACGCAUCCAAGCAAUGGAUUGAUGCUCCUCCUAUUCCGGGGACACUCGUGGUAAACUUGGGAGAUCAAUUUGCACGGUGGACGAACGAUAUCUUCAAGUCGACCGUCCACAGGGCGGCAAAUAGAUCGGGGGCCGAAAGGUAUUCUAUCCCUUUAUUCUUCGGGACAGACUAUGACGUACGCCUGGAGCCGAUCCCAAGCUGUGUUUCUCCCGACAGACCGCCAAAGUACGAGGUCAUGACGGCUGGGGAGUAUGUUAAAGAAAGACUGAAAGCAACUUACGGUCAUUGA